UUCCGGCAUCUUUACGAUCCGUGCGUGAACACACUUUUUGGAGUGUUCAAUAAUUUUGAUUUCGUCGCGUUUCUACACCUUCCAAAAUGCCGCCGAAGUUUGAUCCGAACGAGAUUAAGCACGUCUACCUCCGUUGCGUUGGUGGAGAAGUAGGUGCUACUUCGUCCCUCGCCCCCAAGAUUGGUCCGCUGGGUCUGUCUCCGAAGAAGAUUGGUGAUGAUAUUGCCAAGGCAACCGGCGACUGGAAGGGUCUGAAGAUCACCGUUUGCCUGACGAUUCAAAAUCGACAGGCUGCCAUUUCGGUAGUACCAUCGGCUGCAUCUCUCAUUGUGAAAGCCCUGAAGGAACCGCCACGGGACCGCAAGAAGGUGAAGAACAUUAAACACAAUGGUAACAUCACCUUCGACGAAGUGAUCAGCAUCGCUCGCGUCAUGCGACCCCGAUCGAUGGCCCGGGAGCUGUCUGGAACGUGCAAGGAAGUGCUAGGAACGGCACAGAGCGUGGGCUGCACAAUCGAUGGACGUUCUCCGCACGACGUGAUCGAUGACAUUACGAGCGGUGCUAUCGAGGUCCCUUCGGAAUAA